AUUUUACGACGUUGAGGUCAUCUGUGCGUUUUACAAUCAACUAUGACAGUCUUUGUGCCUAGUGUCAUUAUUCCCAGAUACUUAAAUUUUUAAACAUUUUAAAAUGAUGUGUUACUUAAAAUUAUGUUCCGCCGUUGUUGCUUAUGUUUAUCUCGUGUUAUACCCAUGUAAUUUAGUUAUGUCUACAUUUAAUUCUAAGCCUACUUCCUUGGUAGCCUGUAGGAGAGUUUCUGAAUUCUUGGUUAUGGUACCCACCCCAUCCCCCAGCAGAUUGACAUCAUCAGCAUAGGUAUCAUUAAGAGUGUUACCACCAGUUUCAAGCAUGUUCAAGUUCAACUUCUCUAAUCCUGAUGAAGAAACAAAAACAAAUGGGAAUGAUGUUUCAGAAGUCACUACAAAUGACAGUAAGGAUUCCUGCACAGAAACACUGCAGUGGCUGCCCGCAAAUGAAAUACUUCCAUCUUCCGAACAGAAUUUGCAACUGUCUGUCUGUAUAUAUCCAUGUGGGAAGUACAAACUUAAGCAUGUUCCAUUUGAGGAAGCCAUCAAGCAUCUGUCUGGCAUCAAUGGAGAGGAGUUCAUUGCAGAAGCUGAAGCCCUUCACUUAGAUCUUCUUCCAGGGAAGUAUGAAGGAGGUCUGAAGAUCUGGGAGUGUACCAGAGACUUAGCAGACUUCCUGAUGCGUGAGGGCAUCGAUUUCACUGGCAAGCAGAUUCUGGACCUUGGCUGUGGAACUGGACUGCUGGGAAUAUUGGCCAUGUAUCUUGGGGCAAAGUCUGUUCAUUUUCAGGAUUACGUGAGUGAAAAUGGAUCGGUCAUCAGGGCCGUUACAAUACCCAAUGUGAAAAUGAACACAUCAGAGUUGCAGAAGGAUGGAACAGUGUCUUCUAGCAGGUUCUUUGCAGGAGACUGGAAAGAUUUUGCAGACUUGAUGAGCGCAGAACUUUCUGAAAAUAAGAACAGAUAUGACUUCAUUCUGACUUCUGAAACAAUCUACAACCCCAACAACCAGAGAAAACUUCUAGCUAUCUUCAAAGAGUGCCUCAAGCCAGGGGGAGUCAUAUACCUGGCAGUGAAGGUGCAUUACUUUGGAGUUGGGGGUGGCAUCAGACAGUUUCAGAAUUUGCUGGCCAACGAUUCCUCAUUCCAAACCAAUGUUUGUUGGACAUGUUCUCAAGGUUGUAUAAAUGCACUGCAUUCAGAGGGAGAUCUUAAAAAUAAGAUUUUCUCAUACAUCACCUUGUGACUAAGAAUACAUACCAAGAACUGAGAGUGUAACGUAAUAUACGUAAUUCCGUGAACUGUGUCAAUCAGCGUGAAACCAUGAAGAACCAUACUAACAACAUUUUAUUAACAUGAGUUUCACACAUUUAUUUAUUCAUAUAUAUUGCUCAGAGAAAAACAUCUGUAUUGGUACAACUCAAAUAUAGCAGCCAAUAAAUGAUCUGAAAUUGUACUUUUA